UGCUGCCCACGCGCCCUCCUGUCUACCCUGCCCACCGGCCAGGGCCCGGCCGCCCGCCCGUGGAUGAGCCACAGGACCUCCUCCACCUUCAGAGCGGAGAGAAGCUUCCAUUCUUCCUCCUCCUCCUCCUCCUCGGCCUCCCACACCCUUCCAGCCCAGGAGCCACCCAUGGAGAAGGCGUUGAGCAUGUUCUCCGAGGAUUUCGGCAGCUUCAUGCGGCCCCACUCGGAGCCCCUGGCCUUCCCAGCCCUCCCCACAGCCCAUCCCGGGGGGCAGGGCAACAUCAAGACCCUGGGAGAUGCCUAUGAGUUUGCCGUGGACGUGAGCGACUUCUCACCUGAAGACAUCAUCGUCACCACCUCCAACAACAACAUCGAGGUGCGAGCUGAGAAGCUGGCAGCUGACGGCACGGUCAUGAACACCUUUGCUCACAAGUGCCAACUGCCGGAGGACGUGGACCCCACAUCGGUGACCUCGGCCCUGAGGGAGGACGGCAGCCUCACCAUCCGGGCUCGGCGCCAACCACACACGGAGCACGUCCAGCAGAUCUUCCGGACCGAGAUAAAAAUCUGAGGGCCUCCCCCUCCCUUCCCCCAACUCCCCCAUCUUCUCCCCCACUGGCCGGCCAGAGUGGCUCUCCUGACCCCCUCAUGACAGCUUCUGGGACAUCUCAGCCCAGGUUCAGGCCCUGACACCUCCACCCCAGACCCCAGGUGGGUCACCCCCUCCAAAUGUGGCCUUCUGCUCUACCCAGGGCAGGCCAGGGCCCCCAGAUUCCAGAUGUGGCCUCGUUCACUUAAUCCAGAAUAAAGGGAUUGGGAUGGGGAACAGGAGAUCCCGAAGAACCCAGUUUGGGGAAGGGGGUUUGGGACAGGCAGGAUCUCUGGGCAAAUAAUCUGCAGGACAGACAGACAAAUUCUGAUCUAUGGAGUCUCUGCAGGGCAGGGGCAGGGGGACUGGGGACCUGGGGACCUGGGACCCCCUUGGCCAAGGGGAGCGGGAGAGGCAGAGGGAGAUCACAGGCAGAGGUGCCCAGCUAAACUGAACUGCCCGGGCACAGGGAGGCCAGAGGAGACAGCCAUGAUGGUCCACUUCCCCUCUGCUGCUCUCCAAGCCCCGAACCAGCUGCCAGGCUGUCUGCCCACAAGGUGCCCCAGCCAGCCAGCUGUGCCCGCGCAGGGCCACAUUGUGUCUGUAUAUAGAUGGGGUUUUUCCAAUACAGCUGGUUCGUGAUAAACUGUGUGAACCGUCUGUUACCUGCUCAUACCCCCAGGUAAGCCUGGGCCAAGGGGUGGGGCUGAUCCUUCUCCCUCCCACCCAGAGACCUGGGCUCCCGGGGCUGCCUCCACUGCAGACAGGUUACCCAACAGAGGAAGUAUGGAUGGGGCUUUGGGUCCUCAAAGUAGGACCCCAGCUUCCUGCCAACCUUCCCUUGUGGCCAUUCACCUCCCCCAUCCUGCCCUCUGUAAUCCGUGAAGCUAUAGGCUUGGUGUGUGUAUACACACACACACACAAACACACACAAACAGGCAUACACACAUGCACAUGCACACGUGCACACUUAUCUUUGUCCUUCAAAUACUAAACAUUACCACUGGUUAAAGCCAAAUUCGGAACGUUCUAAAAUCAGAUUUACAAUCUCCAUUCUUCUCAAUGGGGACAGAGUCUGAACAGUUGAGCACCCUGCGCCCACAGUCUCCUGCUAGAGAAUGUCCUAAGCACAGGAAGAGUCCCCACCCCAGUUCCCUCCUAGUCCCCAGUCCAGGGCAAGGACCUCCCGUCUGCCUUCGUUCUGGGGAGCCCCAACUGCCCCCCGUGACCCUGGCUCAGUCUCCCACAUACAGAAGCAGGGGUGAUGGGUAAGGGUGGUUCCCAGUUAGUCGGGGCCCCUGGAGCAAGUGGCAAGGCCAGCCUUGGCCCUCUGCACCUCUUUGGUCAGUGUUCUGUAAGGUGCCCUCUCACCCCUGCCAUUCUGGGGCCCUUAGGAAAUGACUGGGGGUGGGGGCAGAGGAGGGUCCUGGCACUGUACCCUGCACACAAUAAACAACAGAAUCAUGGACUUUU